AUGUAAUUCAAGUUCAGUUUAUUUUUGCUACUUCAUUUCUUUGCUAAUAGCAUUAAUGCUCUUAGUAAAUGCUUAUGUACUGUAGAUUCUUCUUCUUUUCCAGGUUCUAAUACUACUCCACCUGCAUCACUUGUUUUAUCCUCUGAUAGCGAAAUUGUUGAUAAUAUAGAUGUAGGAAAACUUAUUGCUGUAGGCUCUAUUCAAGUACUCAAGUAAAUUUUCUAAGUUUAAAAGCAUUCUAAUGCUGAACUUGGUAACAAUUGUCCUUCUGGAUAUAUUCCUCUUACUAAAGAUGAUAUUACUACCAUAAUAGGAAGAUCUGAUGUAAACUCUUUAGUUGGACCAACAUACUUAAAUCUUGAUUUCACAAAAAACGUUUAUUAUACUUCUACUAAGGUAAACGCAACAGCAACAAAUGGUGGUGAUAAUCAAUCAUAUGAAUACUUUACUUUUUCUUUAGAUAAAAAUAAUAACUUUACUAUUGAUAGAUCAAACACAUUCUGGGAAUCUAAAGUAAGAUCUACAAUUUGUAAAAGAAGCUUUUAAUCAUUUACUGUUUCUCUAAAUGGCUAUGAAGGUUUCGAUUUAGAAAAAGGGAAAUCUUACUAAAUGCAAAUUACUAAUAAAAAUGUUUAGUAAUAUUACAUUUAUGAUAAUAGCGGAAAUAAAUUUACCUCUUAAACUUUCACUUAUACUCAUAAUGGAGAUCCUUUAUGGGGAUGCGCUACACUUAACUUCAAGCUAUAGCUCUUUGGAGGAGUUAUAGUUGGUGAUUGCCUUGCAAUUUGGACUUAAAAUUAGAUUGCUUUUAACGCUGAUUCUAGCAGCUUUAAUAUGAAUUCUAUCAAAACGGCUGUCUUGUAAGGAGUUAAAGCAAAUGCAAAUACUAAAUUCUUUUUCAGUCCUGGCUCAUCACCCAUAGCUCCAAUUAUAGGAGACUCAAGUUCAUUUUAUGUCUAUUACUCAGUUUAGACUUCAAACUAGCUGAUGGUUUAGAAAGUUUCAAGUACAGGUACUCCGAUUGGAGCUGCUAUUGACACUUAAUAGGUUGGUUAACCUUUCGAUAUUGCCUCUACCGGAUUUGGUUUUGUAGUAAUGGCAGCAGAUUCUACUUAAAGAGCUUUCAUAUAGGCUAUAAACAAAGAUGGAUCUUAGAGAUGGUUAAGAAUACUUAUUAACAAUGGAUUGAAACCAAAUAACCCAAAAGAUUAGAUUAAAUUUUUCACCAAUGAAAAAUGUGAUUUACCAUUUGGAAUGGAUUGCAUGUAUAACCCUCAUAAUGGUAGACUUAACUAUGCUAGAGGAAAGAUUUAAGCAAUUUGGGCACAUUAUAAUCACUUUGGAUUUAAAGAUGACGGAAGCAAAGAUGAUCACACAGCAGAUACAAUGAUCAGCUUAGAUGCUGAUACAGGCUAUAAUUAGACUAUCUUUUGGAGCUGGGGAACUUCUCACUCUUUGCAUUAAAAUUUGCACUAUGAUGGAUAGAAUUUAUAUGUUGCUUCUCUUGGAGAUGCUUACCCUAUGAAUAUUAACUUUUAGGUUUGUAAUAUAGAUACUUAUCAAUGUAAAAGUAAUAGCGCCAUAGUUUAAGGAGAUAUACCUGGUAAUGGUGGCGGUUGCGCAUCAGGUAGAAUUGGUGGUUUCUUUAGCAUGAUAGGAAACAGAAAUCAAAAGCUAUUCAUUUAUUAGAGAAAGGCAAGCAAGGGAGAACAUGACGGAGCUGUCUCAACAAAUACAGUAAAUGAACUUGCUGUACUUAAGUUUGAUUCCUAGUUGAAAUAUAUUUCAACUACAACUCUUUUGAGUGGUGAUGUAGCUUCUAGAGUAAAUAGCAUAAAAUCAAUACCCUAUGGUAAAAAUAUUUUACUUGCUUACACAGUUAUUCCUUCUCCUGAUGUUCAAAAUUUCAACCGCUAAUACAGCGAUAACAAAGUAGACGAAGCUUAUAUUGCUUUAUUAAGUGGAGUUGAUGGAUCAUUUUUAGUAAAACCAACCUAAUUAUCUACCUUCCAAAUAAAUUCUAAUGAUGAUUGGAGGAUACUAGAAAAUGGAAGCAUCGCUUAUACAUAUAUAGACAACAGUAACAAUUUAAAUAUUUACUAUACACCUUCACUUACAAUUCCUAGUUAUCCAAAUCCUAUUCUACCAUAUGAUAGCACAUAUGGAUUUGGUAACUUUACAAAUAUCUAAUUGAAAGUCCCUGUAAAUAACUAUAACAAUGUUUGUGUUAAGUAAGGUGAUUCAAAUUGGAGUAUCGUAGACUAUAGCAAAACCAUAUCAAGCGUAGCAAUUGUAUCAAGUAGUAAUAAUCCAUCAAAUGGUAAUAAUCCCUAAAAUGGCAAUAAUCCCUCAAACGGAAAUAAUCCCUCAAACGGCAAUAAUCCCUCAAACGGCAAUAAUCCCUCAAACGGCAAUAAUCCAUGUGUUCCUGGUAAUAACUAAACUAAUGAUUGUAUCACUUCAUUUAAAAAUAUCAUCAAUAACUUGUGUAUAUUUUUAAUAAUGACAACAUUCCUUUUCUGA